AUGAGAACCGAACCGAUUCUGAAGGACUCUCCCUCACUGUUGGGUCCCUCAGAGUUACAAGAACUCACGGCUUCUCUCGAGGCAUUUGGCACGGAAAUGCGCGGGUAUCUAUCCGCGAAGAGCCUGUCUGUCGAGAAGCUGCCUCUUCUAACGAAGGAUAUUAAGGCACUGGUUGAGUUGAUCCUUGUUCCAAAAGAGUACACAGUUGAUGAAGUGGCGUCGUUUCCCCCUAAUAAGAAGAUGGGCACAAUGGCUGUCCUUGCGCUAGAGGCCGUGAUGUACUUCUCUUUGUGCAUUUACCAACUAGGGCCUCAGGGGGCCGCUCAAGCAUCAGAAGACGGCGAUACGUCAGUGCAGGAGCUAACCCUAUCCAACAAAGCUCUUGUUGGUGAAGCCAUCAUAGAUCGCUAUUAUGAGCGUGGCACAGAUAAGACGAAGUCCUUUUACCCAUGCGGUCAGCUCAAGAUAACGCUGCCAUUAGAGUUCCAUUUGACAGCGAUCACCUUCUUCAAGCUAUUGUGCCCCCUUUUGAAAUCUCUAGAGAAGCGGGCGAUCAUUGUCACAAAACUAAUCACAUUAAUACAUAUGGCAGACUUUUACGUCAAACAGGUUCGCGUGAAGAGCAUGCAGCCGCGAAUCGUAGUAGUGGGAGGCUCUGCCAACUCCCUUUCUAUUAUCUUCAGCGCAGGCCCAUUGCUAGAGUCUGAUUUCCUUUUUUCUCGCGACGGGAGCGACUCGAGAAGGCUCCCCAUAAACGAGACUCAUUUGGAAAAUGCAAAGAGCAUAUACUAUGAGCACGAACACGCCGUCAGGCUCCAGCAUACAAAGCAAGACGAGGGCAAAGGCAUACUGGCUCUAGCUCAGAAGCUCCAAGCACUAUCUCCGUCCUUUGACAGUCUCUGCACACUUGUGCGGGUAUCCAAUUAUAAUGUGGGCUUGUGUGUAUCUACUCUUGGUCAGUUUGUGACUAAUUGCUUUAUCAGCCAGUGCAAUGCAGCGGUUGACAGGUUUCAUGCACAGAUGGUUGAAAAGAUCCAGCAGCAAAAUGCUGAGGCGCGAGGUGGCCCUCGCCUACGCUCGGGGCGAUUUGAUCCCAGUACGCUCUUUUCUCAGCAGUCGCUAGCCAUCUCAACUUCCAACAUUCUUGUUUGGGACUUGCACCGUUCUGAUACGAACUCAGAGUCCCUGUUCGGAUACCAGCCAUUCCUGUACUUAAUGGAGGAGUAUGCAGCAAACAAGUCCGAUAUGCUUUCAGCCUAUUUGAUUGCCCUUAUUGAUUUAGCAUGUAGCCAGCCGCACACUGCCUUUCCAAUUUCCGUUGCUCUGCGAAAGGCCUCAAUGAAAGUAAAGCAGGCUGUUCCACCACUUCUUCAGGCAAAGCUAGAUACGCUACACGGAGAUCCUCAGCUCUCAUAUUGCUACUUUCCCCUUGUGGUGCUGGCUCUGGUAUACCUUUAUUUGAUACGCGCAAACCUUCCUACUGGACUCGCAGACUAUUCCCUACUCAAGGGAGUUACCAAGUUUUCUCUGGCCCAUUCUGUACUCCACAACGCGGACGUACUUUAUCCCACUUUGCUCCUUCUUGAUUCCCACCCGGACGCUGCUGGGGAACUGUCGGAUAUGCUCCAAGAAGAUCUCCAGCAACUUUGUCAGCAGCAUCAGCUUGACGUGCGCAAUGGACAGAGCUGUGCCAGUGUUCUAGCGCUAACUCUAAACGAGCAAGCCGCUGCUUUGUCAGCAUUGUAUCUUAUUAGCUAUCAUGUACCCAUUGUUGAAAAGCUACUACUAUCUGCCCUUCUCUUUCCCAUUGACAGCAUCUUUGCACAUGAAACAGCUUCUAUCCUAGUCUACACUAGUUGCAUCCUUAACACCUUGCUGGCUCUCUAUAGUCUUACCCAGGCACCUUCAGAUGACGACCUCCUGCAGAGAGUGACUGAUCAUACAACUGUUUUCAAUAUCAAAAUAUCCGCUGCACAAUGCAUUGCAGACCAGAAGAAGAUUGUGGCGCUUCAGAAGAAGUUCCUCUGUUCCACUUUUCAGAUGCUAGAGGCAAUUUUUCAAAAGCACACAGACUCACCCAGUGCUGACACUCUUCGUACAUAUACUGAUGUGGUCGACUUCUUAGGCUCAUUUCAAAUUCAGGGCACCAGCUUUGAGAAUCGAGUGCCCUUCACAGACCAUUUAAUCCUCUAUUUGACCAUGAAGUUCCCUACAUAUGUGGAGCUUUUAGAGCUCCUUUGCAGGCAGAGCUCAAUCACUGCUAUUCUGCUGUGGCCACGGCUGAGCCCCCCGAUGCGGGACACCUUCUGUAGGUCUGCUACUCUGCUGCCAAUCUUCAUGAGGGCAGUGUGCAAUCUCCCAGAAUACAUUAAACAGAUGAAGCAAGCAGGAGAGAAGGAGAUUGUAAGUAUAGAGGAAAAGAUAUCGUCCCUGAGUGAGGUGGAAAAGACCGGGAGGACUCCCGAACACGGGAUGUUCAGCAUUCUUACGACUGAACAAUGCAGGGAGAGGCUGCUGAAGCUGCGGCAGAAGAGAGUUCAGCUUGAGAAGUCGCACAAGCAGACCUUUACGGCUCCGGAGACAAUGCAAGCAGAGCUGUUUUCAGAGCGCAACAGCAGAGACUUCAGUGCAGCGUACGGACUCGGACAACUAGGCCCUGCCUUCCUCGAAUACGCUCACUUGACAGAGCUGUCUGUAGAGGCAGCGUUGACAAGCCUACUCAAGUACCCCAAAUAUCGCUCCAAUAGCCUUUAUAUGGAGGUUGUCACACAACUACUUAUAGAUAGAGAUUUAUUGAGAUUGGUCCGUGCCAAGGCUGCAAUCGCAGACAUAAACACUUCAGAUCCUGAUGGCCACGCUCUCAAGAAGAGUCUUGAGGCAAUCCUCACUUGA